AUGAUAAGAAAAGCCCCCUUGGCGAUUGAAUUGUUCCUUCUGCUCUAGUUUCUUUCUAAUUCUUUUGUGUUCGGAGACCAAACCUGAAAAAAGAAAGCCCUCGAAUUCUCCCUCAUACCUUGAGAACCCUCCAAAGAAAGUACCUUUAAUCCUUGAAAAAUAAACAUGUCGGAUCCACUCUAUAUAUUUAAUAAUAUUUUUGGACUUCGUUUUAUUAUUUGCAGAAUCUCAAUCCGAGAUAGUUGUUGAAUCUCUGUUAUCUUCGAGCAAUCUCAGAUCUUCAAUGCCCACUCAGCAACUCCAAUCCUUGAGAGUCUUUGUGGCAACAUGGAACGUAGGAGGAAAAUCUCCUCACUCUGGUCUUGAUCUUGAUGCUUUGCUUCAUGUCCACAGCGAAUUCGAUGUAUACGUUUUAGGUUUUCAGGAGAUUGUUCCACUGAAUGCUGGAAAUGUACUUGUGCUUGGAGACAACGAGCCUGCUGCGAAGUGGCUAGCUAUGAUCAAUCAAUCCUUGAACAAAUCAACAUCAUCCUCUGGUAGUGGUGGACGACUUGGCCCCAAAACUCCAUCUUUUGGCGCUGGAUCUAUGUUCUUUGCAAAACCGUCUUUGAAGAAGAUCAGUGAGAGUUUCAGAACAGAGUGCAGGAGAAAGCUGAAGAUCUGUAACUGUAAUUCCUUCUCUGAAGAGAUUGCGAAAAAGUACGGGAGAGAAUCUUGUUUCAGAUGUCCAGAAUCUCUUCUUAACCAAUCCGGUUUACUUUCUGAUGACGAAGAAGAGGAAGACGAAGAUGAUGAUGAUGAUGAUGAAGACGAAGACGAGGAAGGAGGAGGAAAGGUUGCUUCUCUUGUAAGCAACCAGAUGAUGAUGAAGUAUGGUCUAGUGGCAUCAAAGCAAAUGGUGGGAAUAUUCCUCACUGUGUGGAUGAGAAAAGAACUUAUUCAACAUGUUACUCAUCUCAGAAUCUCUUGUGUCACCCGCGGAAUCAUGGGUUGCUUAGGAAACAAGGGAUGCAUAGCUGUGAGUCUGCAGCUCUACAAGACGAGCUUCUGCUUCAUCUGCAGUCAUCUAGCUUCUGGCGAGAGAGAAGGAGACGAACGUCGCAGAAACUCAGAUGUAAUUGAGAUUCUCAAGAACACAACUUUCCCCAGAAUCUGCAGAACGUCUUUCACCCGUGUCCCUAAUCGAAUCACUAAGCACGAUCGGGUAAUCUGGCUCGGAGAUUUGAACUACAGAAUAGCUUUGAGUUACUCAGAAACAAAGACGCUCUUGGAUAAAAACGCUUGGGACGCUCUUCUUAACAAAGAUCAGCUCAAGAUUGAAAGAGACGCAGGACGAGUGUUCAAAGGAUGGCACGAAGGCAAAAUCUUCUUCGCACCAACUUAUAAGUACUCUUAUAACUCAGAUGCUUAUGCCGGAGACACUGCCAAAGAGAAAAAGAACAAGAGAAGAACUCCUGCCUGGUGCGAUCGGAUUCUUUGGCACGGGGAUGGAAUCCGGCAGCUCUCGUACGUGCGCGGCGAGUCGCGAUUCUCCGAUCACCGGCCGGUCUGCGCCGUGUUUGUCGUCAACGUUGAGGUUUGCGAGGGUAAAACCGGAACUAGGAGACAAUAAUAAUAUAUAUCAACUGUUGAAAGACAUAUUGGUAGAUAUUUAAGCCACACUGCUUACGUUUAUUACAGUACUGCCACUAACGCAACAUUUGGAAUCGUCUAGAGUAUUAUUUGUUUUACAGGAGAAAUGUAGACCCUUUUUCCAUA